AUUGCAGUGGACCCGCGUCGACAGCAGCAGUGCCCUGUGUGCUACAAGUGGCUGAGCAAGAGGACCCACUUGCCCACACACAUUCGCGACCAGCACUCCUCCACCACCACCUACCAACACAAGUGUGACGUCUGCAACAAACAUUACCGCACCCGCAAUGCUCUAGCCAAUCACAAGAGUCUUCAGCAUCGAGGGAAACUGCCACAGCAACAAGCCCAACACCAGCAUCAACAGGAGGUGGCACACAUGCACAAUAGCAAGGUGGCAGUGAGCCUAGCAUCACAGCCACAGUGCUCCACCAACGCCUCCGUCACCUCUCCCGUCUACCACACCACUACCUCCCACACACAGCAACAUAGAGCAGCUCACAACCAGUUGAUGCCCUCAGACCAACCACUCCCCUCAACUCAGUACACCAGCCCUCACAAAACAUCGCCAGUCCAACAAAAUACAUUCACACAUGCAAAUAUCAGACAUUCCACACCAACCAAUAGAUAACUAACACUUAACUAGCAUCUCGCAUGGCUAGUGUCAUGUACACACCUUCCUUAAUUAAGGAACCCUCACCUAUACCUCGAUAUUUGAAACCUAAUGGUUGAAAAUCUCUACAUUUGACAGUUCCAAUACACUCUUCCUUUCAGAUAACGUUUUUUCUAAAGAUAUAUAAGCUUGUUUGAGGCAUGUAAAAAGUAUUUUGAAAAUUAUACAUUUUGAAGUAACAAUAAUGCAGAAGAAAUGUGCAUGUUUUCCCGGUGUUUAACUCAGAAGUGGUAAAGGUCGGUGGUGUAGGAGGAAGCCAUUUUCCCUCAACCCGGUAACCCUAGCAUAAGUCCCACGUAACCCUCAGUCCUCUCCCUCCUCUCCAGUCGUGCCAGCAGCCCCAGGACCUCGUGUGAUCUAGUCCUGCUGUUUCUUCUCAACUUUCAGAUUUACCGCAUGUACAAACAUGCUUCAAUACGCAGGCGAUGUGUCACAAUAACGUGGCUGAAGAAUGUUGACCAGACCACACACUAGAAGGUGAAGGGACGGACCGAAACGUCGUCGUCCCUUCACCUUCUAGUGUGUGGUCUGGUCAACAUGCUUCAAUACGUUUUCACAUGUAUCUGUGCUUGUGGGACGCAAGCUGUCGUAUGAAGCCUCGAAGUUUCCCGCUGUUCUAUACAUCCAUUUGUCCACGGUGUGACUAGGCUAUUUUAAGAGGACAGGUUGCUUGAUCAGUGGUGCCAUUCAUUCUCUCUCUCUCUCUCUCUCUCUCUCUCUCUCUCUCUCUCUCUCUCUCUCUCUCUCUCUCUCUCUCUC